AAAUCAUGAAAAUCGCAAUCUUUUUGUGUCUUAUCGGAAGCUUCUUUGUAGCAAGCGAUGCUGGAAGACUUUUUUCUCAAUUUCUUCCGAUCGUUACUUUGACGGAUCAGUUGCACAAGAUGCGAGAGCACAAUGGAAAGACUAGUUCGAAUUUUCCUGAUAAGAGAUACUGCGAUGAGUCGACUUGGAUUAAUGUUCGAGCAGUUAACGAUGGUGAAAGUGCUUGUGAUGCCUUGAAAAAGCUCGAAACGGAAAAGCAAAUAGACAUUGUCUAUUUUGAUGAAAAAACCAAAGAAGUUGUGAACAAGGAUAACUGUGAUGGAGCUUCUACAUCAGCGGAUAUGACUGAGGGUCAAGUAUGUCAAAACGUCAUCAAAAACCACUUUUUCAAAGCAAUAAGGAAUAAGGCACCAACAAUAAUGUUUCUUCAAAAACCAUUGUUUGAUAAAUUGGUCUCUAAACUGCAAAUUGCUGAACACUUUUCAUCCCCAAAAGAAUUGUCCAUCAUCAUUAACGAAUGCAGACAGCUUUCUAUUAAAACUAUGAUGACAUUCUUAGCUGGUAACGAGGUUAUCAAAGCUCCAUGGGUUUGGGAAGAAAACGGUCCAGUGGGCUUCACACCGUACAAAAAUAUGCAAUUUAUGUUACAGUGUUAAAAGCCUCCAGCCCACUUUUCAUCCAUUAAUCCUUCAACGAUUUAAGUACUAAUUGCACUUUACUUUUUAACUCCCAUCAAAAAAAUGGGAAAAUAAAAAAUAAAAUCCUAUUCGC